AUGAAGAGAGUUGAGAUUUUCAACCUAUUAGCAACGGCUCUAACAUUGUUGGCCAUAGUGCCAAAGACUGAGUGUGAGGGUGAAGUAAGACAUAUUGCACUAACAAAUCCACGCCCACUUUGUUCUUCUCAGUUUGCACUAGUAAACUACGCAUGUGGAAGGUUACCGUUCAGACCGGGGGCACCACCUGGGCCUCCACCAGCACCUCCGUCGCCUGAUGAUGAUGAUGGUGACGAUGAUGUUGGCAAUGACGAGGGACACAGAAACCACAACCACGACAAUGGACAUGGACAUGGACACGGUCGCAGACAUGGACACAGACAUAGGCAUCACCAGACCCAAGACGAAGAAAAUUGUUGCCGGUGGGCUAGGGAAGUGGACAGCCAAUGUGUUUGUGAACUUCUUGUUCGUUUGCCACCAUUCCUGGUUAGACCAGUGCAUCUCUACACACUUACCAUUGGUGAUGACUGUGAAAUCACUUACUCCUGUGGUGGCCCAAUCUGA